AUGGCUUCAGCUUGUAUUAAUAAUCUUGCAUUGUCGCCGGACCGGUUUCUGGACCGGCCAACGAGUUUUUCGUCGUUCGGUUGGUUCAGUCCUCGAAUGUCCCGUGGCCGUGACCAAGAAGAAGCUUCUAGAUCUUCCUCUGUUAAACCUGCACCAGUUUCUCCAUCAAAAACGGUAGCCACUACUGAAAUCAUUGAAUUAGACUAUGAAGUUUUCGAGAAGGAUUUCGAGUUUCAGGUUGAAGAUCCGGUUAAAAUACUCCCGGCUGAUGAGUUAUUCUCCGACGGCAAGUUAAUACCGCUUCAACUUUCCGCAUUCCAGCCACCGGAAAAUUCGUCGGAGAGCAGGUUGCUGGAUACUGCUAAAGCUCACGAGAGCUGUUCGAUUGUUGAAUUGGAUCCCUACUUGUUUUCACCGAGGGCGCCGAGGUGCGCUACUCGGUGGAAGGAGCUUCUCGGAUUGAAGAGACUGUCGCAGAACAAUGCGAAACAGGAUAAUCAGAAACCGAUGGCUUCUGGAAUCAUCAAUAACAAAUCUCUCAAGCAUUUGCUUCAUAGAAGCUCGAAAUUACCUCCAAUUGACUCGUCUCUUAGCUUUCCUCUGCUAAGAGACAGAGAUGAGGUAAUUUCAGUGCCGUCUCGUUUGUCCUUAUCAUCAUCGUCCUCUGGUUAUGAUCGCGCUGAGAUGCCAAGGCUAUCUCUUGAUGCAGAGAGGCGUAUUAAUUCCAACAAGAAUUCGAGUAGGAUUAGAUUAGUGAAGCAUAGAGAAGGUAAAAUCAGCAGAAGUCCUGUGCCGAGACAGGUAGAUAACAAUUCAGUAACCGUGUUAGGCCGUGGAGUUUCUCUGGAUAGUCCGCGUAUGAAUUCAUCAGGAAAAAUCGUGUUUCAUAGCUUAGAGAGGAGUUCAAGUAGUCCUGGUAGUUUCAAUGGGGGUCCUCGAUGCCAAAACCGUGGAGUGGAGAGGUCAUAUUCAGCAAAUGUUAGAGUGACUCCGGUGCUCAAUGUUCCUGUUUGUUCAAAGUCUGGUAAUGUAUUUGGUUUUCCCCUCUUUUCUGCUCCCUCGCAUAAGAGAGAUUGUGGCGCUGCCUGUGGUAAUUCAAGCCGGAGCCAUCAUCACCAGCAAAUUAGCAGCAAGAACAAAACGGAUCGAUCCUGA